UUUAGGGCGUGGUUUGGCGCGGUAGGGCACGGCAUGAUAUGACGACCAAGGAGUCUUUUUUUCUUUUCUUUUUUUCUUUCUGUUGUUCUUUGCUUUGGCUCUGGCAUGCACGAUCGUUUUGCUCAUUCCCUGCCUCUCCCUCUUUCUAGCUAUCUACCACGAUGUGCCUAUCCUGGCUUUCCGCGUCUCUUCUUUCUUCAUUAUCUUCCUGCUCGUGGCUUUUGGCGCAAGAUAUCAGGGUGGGCAGAUGGCGCACCGGAUGGACGGGGACAUGUUUUCUUCUUUCGCCUUGUGGGCCAGUUGGUUGUGUGUGUGUACUCGGUAUGGAGUUGCACGUCGCGUAGGAGUACAUGGCACAGCUCACUGCUACCUAGUAUCACGGAUGAAUGGAGCAGGGUGCAUGUGCAUGUUGUUGAAUUGCAUCGCAUUGCUUCGUGGCUGUCGCGUUGUAGAAGUGAAGACGGAGCUGGACGGAGGAAGCUGAGGAAAUGGAAGAAUCGGACGAGCGAAUUGGGAGCGGCGGGGAAGAAGGCUCGGCUGACGGACGGGGAUGGUGCACGACAUGGAAGCAUGGAAGCACAAAAGCACACGGUGUGACUUGGGCCAUAUCACAGUGACGAGGCGGCCGGACCGAGAGGGAUCGGCGCGGAUUUGGGAGUCGGGAGGCGCCCGGGCGCUUAGGUACCUGGUAAACAUGUUUCGUUUCUAGAUAAACGACGACGACAACAGCAAUGUAGGUGUAAAUGAAGGUACAUACAAGUCAAUAUCGGCUCACGAACCCAAGGCUCUCAACCCUCCACAUGGACGCGUCGGCC